CUGACGUCAAUGCGCGCGCCGGAAGUGCCUACCUGGAAUAACGGCGGCGAGCGGACGACUACAUUUACGGGCUGUCCCGCAGGGCCAGAGUAGGUAUUUCUCGUCAGGUGGGAUGAGAGACUGAGAAAAGAAAUAAGACACGGAGACAAAGUAUAGAGAAAGAACAGUGGGCCCAGGAGAUCGGCGCUCAGCAUAUGGAGGACCUACACCGACACCAGUGUGAAAUUGUUGAAAACGUUAAAUUUGAUUCCUAAAAGGACUCAAUGGCUUACAGAAGAGACGAAAUGUGGUCUGAGGGACGAUAUGAAUAUGAUAGAAUUCCGAGAGAACGAGCACCUCCUCGAAGUCAUCCCAGUGAUGGCUACAAUAGACUAGUUAAUAUUGUGCCAAAGAAACCACCACUGCUAGACAGACCUGGUGAAGGAAGCUACAAUAGAUAUUACAGUCAUGUUGAUUACCGAGACAAUGACGAGGGCCGCAGUUUUUCUCAUGAUCGAAGAAGUGGUCCACCUCACAGAGGAGAUGAAUCUGGCUAUAGAUGGACAAGAGAUGAUCAUUCUGCAAGCAGGCAACCUGAAUACAGGGAAAUGAGAGAUGGCUUUAGAAGAAAAAGUUUCUACUCUUCCCAUUAUGCGAGAGAGCGGUCUCCUCAUAAAAGAGACAAUACUUUUUUCAGAGAAUCACCUGUUGGCCGAAAGGAUUCUCCACACAGCAGAUCUGGUUCCAGUGUCAGUAGCAGAAGCUACUCUCCAGAAAGGAGCAAAUCAUACUCUUUCCAUCAGUCUCAACAUAGAAAGUCCGUGCGUCCUGGUGCCUCCUACAAACGGCAGAAUGAAGGAAAUCCUGAAAGAGAUAAAGAGAGGCCUGUCCAGUCUUUGAAAACAUCAAGAGAUACUUCACCCUCAAGUGGUUCAGCAGUUUCUUCAUCAAAGGUGUUAGACAAACCCAGUAGGCUAACUGAAAAGGAGCUUGCUGAGGCUGCAAGCAAGUGGGCUGCUGAAAAGCUAGAGAAAUCAGAUGAAAGUAACUUGCCUGAAAUUUCUGAGUAUGAGGCGGGAUCCACAGCACCAUUGUUUACUGAGCAGCCAGAGGAACCUGAGUCAAACACAACACAUGGGAUAGAAUUAUUUGAAGAUAGUCAGCUAACUACUCGCUCUAAAGCAAUAGCAUCAAAAACCAAAGAGAUUGAACAGGUUUACCGACAAGACUGUGAAACUUUCGGGAUGGUGGUGAAAAUGCUGAUUGAAAAAGAUCCUUCAUUAGAAAAGUCUAUACAGUUUGCAUUGAGGCAGAAUUUACAUGAAAUAGAGUCUGCGGGACAGACUUGGCAGCAGGUGCCCCCUGUGAGGAACGCUGCAAUGGAUCAUGACGGAACCCCCGAAAACGAAGGUGAAGAGACUGCGCAGUCAGCCCUCUUUGGAUUCCAGCACGAUGCAUCAAACCAUACCAUAGUGGGGCUAGGACCCAACCUGGUACCAGAAAUGAAGGAAACGACCCCGCAGGCCCCACAGCCCCUGCAGCCCCCGCAGCCCCCACAGGCCCGGAAGAAACGGGUUCGUCGGAUGACACAGCUUCGUCGGACGACAGGAGCCCCGGACAUUACCUGGGGGAUGCUGAAGAAGACAACUCAGGAGGCUGAGCGAAUCCUGCUCCGAACACAGACACCAUUCACUCCGGAAAAUUUGUUCCUUGCUAUGCUCUCUGUUGUACAUUGCAACUCGAGUAAGGUAUUAAUCCUUUUUGUUCUCUCACUUUACCUGUUACCCGUACCUGCUAUACCCUAUUAAGCCCAUUUUCUAAAUCUGCCUUUUUUUCAGCCCUAUUACUUAGGCAGACAUCCCCUUCCCAGCUUCUAACUGUGACUUUUUAGCUAGGAGGGAUUAACAUACCCCCAGUGGGGUUCCUCAGUAACAGCCAUAUGGAAGGAUAUGCAAAAACAUCUCUCCUAGGUAGACCCUCACUCCUGGGGGUCACUUCUUAAUUAGAAAAGAAUAUUACUAAUUAUACUCAUGUUUGUCUCUUGUUGUUUACUAAUUCUAGGAUGUAAAGCCGGAAAACAAGCAGUAACUGCUAUGCCUGACAAAACUGUUGCUGCACACAUCUGUAGUCGUCAAUCAACAAAACCUGAUGCAAAAAACAGAAAAGGGGUGAUGUAGGAGAUCGGUCAGGGUGGUAGGAGACGCUAUAAGGAAAGAUGCAAUUGGAAGGCAGGGAGGUUUUCCAAAACUUCGGGAGAGAAUAAAGCUGAAGGCAGCUAAUUCUCGUACCCUGAGGCUGAGGGCGAACAGUAGGUAACAAGGGUGUGUAAAGGGAUUUAUCUAGAUAAGUUUGUUUACUUAUGUCCUCCAGAAACCGUGCAAGACUGCUCCCUGCAAAGGGGAGGCGACAGUGUUCAUUACUCACAAAUUGUGUUGGCUUCAGGCCUUUGGUAUUGUGUCUGUACUGAAUAAAUACAAACGGCUCCAGCUUAUCAGGACUGCACUCUGUUUUUGGCUGCACUAAAGUCGGCAGUCCCCUAGCCAUUCUCACACAAAAUACCUGUGUCAGAAUACUCAUUUCAUCCAUCGCUCAACCAGCGUCUUCAGGACAGACUUGGCAUGGGACUUGUACAAAAAAAUUCUGAUCAAAAGAGGAAAAUUUUGGAAUAUGCCAGGAAUAGUGGAAUUUUAUUUAUUCUAUUUUUUAUAGGUCCGUACUCUCCAUCUCCAGAAACAAGAUGAUUGUAACAUGUCCAUGAUUAAACUAUUGGCAGAUUAUUGCUGUGUUAAUCUCUGUAGUCCAAUGAGUUCUUUGUUCUGUUCUGCUGCCUUUUACAGGUUCUUGUCCUUUCAGAAGUGUUCUUGAAAGAAACAAAGCGAAUAGGCAGUUAGCACAGCACAGCUACCCCUUACCAAGCAGUCUGUGGAAAUGACCCCUCAUCCAAAUCACGGGUUAGUUAAGAAUCUAACUGGGACAAUUAAGAUAUUCCACUCACUUCCUGGUCACUUCAGCAGCCUAGUGGCAUUGAGCCAAAAUAUACAAUUCUGUGUUAUUAGUGAGGAAACUUUAAAACUCAUGUUUGUUAUUACUUACUACCCAGUUUCAUUAUCCUCCCUUCCUCUUUCCAUUUCUAUUCUCUCUCACUUGAAUUCUGGCAUUAUUUUUAGUGGCCUCUACUGAUAAUACCUACCCUAGAGUACAUAAAAAUUAUAUUAAAAGAGGAAGUAGUAGUAUGCAUAAUUUUAACAGAUUCUAUAACGGGUGCCUCAAAAUAUGUAUUGUGCCAUUCCGCAAAUUUAAAAACUAAUUGAGGACACUAAUUUUUUUUUAAAUUUUCUAAAUGAGACCACCUUGGAUUUUUAUUUUUGCCAUUUAGAUGUUUAUACUUAUUUAACUUUAAUAAAACAUAAGCCAAGCUAAAUCCCACAUGACAACUCUGGUAUUCUUCCCUUAUAUGAGCAGUGAUUUUAUUUGUUACCCACCUUAGAUAGACUAAGAAAGUUCUAGUCUUGUUUUUCCUUCUCCCCGCUUCCCUGGGGUUUUUCCUUACAAGUUUAAAAACAAAACUUGAGAAACUACCAAAGGCGCAGGAGUUGUUCACUUUGUUGAAAUUCAUUAAAUUAGAGAAGUCUCACUAACAGAUGUAUUUAAAUAUAGAUACAACAGAUAAUUUCUUUUUCUCCCCUUUCCCCAAAUUACAGUCAGCAUUUAAAGCUGUUUAUAGCUUGCCAUCAGCAUUAUUCUGGUAGGCUUGUUAGUGCUAAAAUCUGUUUGGGUUUUUUUUUUUUUUUUUUUUUUUUUGGCCUCUUAAAGUCUAAUUUUAGGAUGGAUGAAUUCAAAUGUUUACCAGAGUGUAUGUUUUACACAAUGUUCUUGAUUAAAAAGACUUGUUUGUAAAUUAUUCAUUUUUUUUGCAUAUGCCCAGUUGGUGUGAUAAAAUUUUCAUUGUCUUACCAUAAAGCCUUGGUUACCAACAGGCAGAAUGUAGAUAUUGUAAAGCUUUUUGUGAAUUUUAAAAGUGCAAAAUAAAGCAACCACGUUUAA